UAGGAGGUCCAUAAGUUAUAAAAAGUUAAGUUGUUGUAUUGAUAAUAUGUUUAGAAUGAGAGUAAAUAGUCACAUAAUUAACUAAGAAUAUUAAAAAAGGAAUUUCGGUAAUAUAAAAUAAUUUUGAUAAACUCUUGCAAUGGGCAUUUGUAAGAGUAUACACGUAUCUACUGAAGACCUCACCACAAUGGAUUCUAGUGAACAUAAAUAAACAGAAACAGUUAUAAAGGAGGAUACCACUCCUUAUUAUGAUGAGAAUAAAAUCAUCAUUAUAUAAGCACUUUAUAGAGGUCAUAAAGUACGUAAAUAGUUUAUGAAAUCUUUACAAAUUCCAGAAACUUAAGUACUAACUUAGAUAGAACCCUCAAAAUUUUGUUUUGAUUCUAUUUAAUUCAAUGAUUAUGAUUAAGGUUCAAUAAUGAUGAAGAAUGGAGCAAUAUAUAAAGGAGAAUGGAAGGAUGGGAAGGCAAAUGGAAAAGGUAAAUAUUAAUUCCAAGAUAGGUAGUAUCAUAAUAUUUAUUAUUCUUAGCUAUGUUGAAGGAACAGUAAUAUGUUAAUAUUAUUUCUUAGUGGACUUCCAAUGAACUUUAAGGAGAGGCUGUUUAUGUGAAUGGUACUGAGAUGUAUAAAGGAUAAUGGUUAAACAGUAAGUUUCAUGGAAUAGGCGAGUAUGUUUAUUCUGAUGGUCGCAUUUAUUAAGGUAUCAUAUAAAAUAGUAUAUUAGGUGAAUGGAGAAAAGGAUACUAACAUGGAAUGGGUAAAGAAAUAUAUAAAGAUAAAUCUAUCUAUGAAGGGAAGUUUAAGGAAGGUAUGAAGAAUGGACUUGGAAUCAUCAAAUUAUCUGAUGGCUGUAUUUAUGAAGGAUAAUUCGAAAAUGACUAAUUUCAUGGAUAUGGAAUAUUUGUAGAUCUCCUUCAUAAAUGUAGAUUUGGCCAGAAAGGAAUAAAUUAUUUGAAGGUUAUUGGUAAAAUGGAUCUAAACAUGGGGAUGGUACUAUGAAGUGGGGUGAUGGUAUGCGAUCACUUUUUAUUUAAUUUAUUUUUAAGGUCGAGUUUAUAUGGGUCAAUAUUAGGAAGGAUUUAAACAUGGGUAUGGAGAGAUGCAAUACAAUGAUGGUCGUUGUUAUAAAGGAUAAUGGUAAAGUGGAUUAUAAGAUGGCAUUGGAAUAUUUAUAAAUAAGAGAGGAAAAUCAAGAAAAGGAUUUUGGGUUCGAGGAAAACUUAAGAAAUGGUAUUGA